AAAGUAUAAAAAGCUGGUCUUUAUGCUUUUAUUUGCCAUUAAUAUUAUUUUAUUAAGUAUAGAAAUAUAGCCGCAAUGACUACGAAGUAUUUGUUGGGAUUGCUGUUAUGUCUGGCAAUCACAGUGAAUGUAGCCAGCACGGCUUCCAUUAGUAUUUUUCCGAUGAGGAUCUUCAGUGGACUAAUUUAUGGAAAUACUGAUGAAUACUCCGAGGAAAAUUCUCAAGAGACAUCUUUUGACAGUAAUGAAGAAGUUACAUAUGACGACACCAAUGAUUUGAUCCUUAAAAUGGUCAGGGGAAAACAUUUUGAAACAUCCAAAAGAAAUUCACAAAAAAGUAUCAAGGAGGUAACAAUCAAAGACACUUCAGAUGACUUGUCUAAAGAGAAGGGAACUGGGAAAUCCAAUGAGGAUGUUUCUAGAAAAGCCGCAGAUGUAUCCAGUGAGAGCAAGGAGAUUGUCACAGAAAAACCCGCAGAAGACUCGAAAGAUUCCAUAAAGGUUAAAAGAGAUGCGGCUGUGGAGGCGGAAGAGUCCGAAUUGGACGAGAUGGAAUCCGAAUUGGUUAAAAGAGAUGUAGAGGCGGAGGAAUCUGAAUUGGAGGAGACGGAAUCCGAACUGCUUAAAAGAGAUGUAGAGGCCGAGGAAUCUGAAUUGGAUGAGAUGGAAUCAGAAUUAUUUAAAAGAGAUGUGGCCGCGGAGGCGGAGGAAUCUGAAUUAGAAGAGGUGGAAUCCGAAUUGGUUAAAAGAGAUGUACAGGCCGAGGAAUCUGAAUUGGAAGAGGUGGAAUCAGAAUUGGUUAAAAGAGAUGUGGAGGCGGAGGAAUCUGGAAUGGACCAGGUGGAAUCCGAAUUGGUCAAAAGAGAUGUGGAGGCGGAGGAAUCUGAAUUGGACGAGGUGGAAUCCGAAUUGGUUAAAAGAGAUGUAGAGGCCGAGGAAUCUGAAUUGGAAGAGGUGGAAUCAGAAUUGGUUAAAAGAGAUGUGGAGGCGGAGGAAUCUGAAAUGGACGAGGUGGAAUCAGAAUUAGUUAAAAGAGAUGUGGAUGCGGAAGAAUCUGAAUUGGAAGAGGUGGAAUCCGAAUUGGUUAAAAGAGAUGUAGAGGCGGAAGAAUCUGAAUUGGAAGAGGUGGAAUCCGAAUUGGUUAAAAGAGAUGUAGAGGCGGAAGAAUCUGAAUUGGACGAGGUGGAAUCAGAAUUGGUUAAAAGAGAUGUGGAGGUGGAGGAAUCUGAAAUGGACGAGGUGGAAUCAGAAUUGGUUAAAAGAGAUGUAGAGGCGGAGGAAUCUGAAUUGAACGAGGUGGAAUCAGAAUUGGUUAAAAGAGAUGUGGAGGCGGAGGAAUCUGAAAUGGACGAGGUGGAAUCAGAAUUGGUUAAAAGAGAUGUAGAGGCGGAGGAAUCUGAAUUGGACGAGGUGGAAUCCAAAUUGGUUAAAAGAGAUGUGGAGGCGGAGGAAUCUGAAAUGGACAAGGUGGAAUCAGAAUUGGUGAAAAGAGAUGUGGAGGCGGAGGAAUCUGAAAUGGACGAGGUGGAAUCAGAAUUAGUUAAAAGAGAUGUAGAAGCGGAGGCGGAAGAAUCUGAAUUGGACGAGGUGGAAUCCGAAUUGGUUAAAAGAGAUGUAGAGGCGGAGGAAUCAGAAUUGGUUAAAAGAGAUGUGGCUGCGGAGUUGGAAGAAUCGGAAUUAGAAGAGGUGGAAUCCGAAAUGAGCGAAACCUCUUUCUCUGGGGAAACAGCAGAAGACACGAGAGAUUCCAUAAAGGUUAAAAGAGAUGUCGCUGCGGAGGCGGAAAUCUCUGGAUAAACCUCCUAAAUUGUAAAAGCUUAUUUCUGAUCUCAUAAGAUAGCUCCAAAGAGCUUUUAAUAAAUGUGACCGGAAAUUUCAUAAA